AUGCAGCCAUUAACCAUUUUCGCCGGCUGCCUCAUCGUUCUCGCCUCUGCACUUGUCGCACCCUGCCCACCGUCCAGGCCAGUCCAUAUCACGAAUCGCAGCCUCGAUUUCGGCGCCGACCUCAUCAACAAGAUCAACUCCUUCCCGGGCUCAGCCAAUAUCAAGGUCAUUUUUACUUGCAUGAAGAAAGAUCAUAGCUGGAAGGCGGACUGGAGCAAAGAGAAGGAGGGCAAGGUAACAUUCAGCAGCAUUGACUCCAAAUGCUGCGAGAAGACGGAAAAAGGCUGGGAGCAGUACAAAAGUAGUUGGGACAAGCUAGCUGUCGCCACGUUCAACCAGCCAUGCAAUGGAGGUGAACUGGCGGGAUUGACACCUGAGAAUGCCAGGCGGCUACACCACAUCAUGGGCGACCAUGAGAACAUCCGCAAGCUACCUAAUCUUGUCAGCUUGAUUGACUAUUUACAAUUUCUUUGCUUGAAGGCACUCUGUUAUUUCCAUCAUUAUCACCCGCUCGCCUCGACCACCACUUGCACUGUUGUAGUCACUUCAGUAUCAUCAUCAUCAGUGACUGACUUCAUUGUUCACAGUGAAGCUAAUUUUGGGAGUUGUAUCACCUAUUCAGACCAACAAGCACUGUAUCUUGCCAACAUGCAGCUUACCAGUAUUCUCGCGGCCCUGAUCGGCGCAGCUGGAAUCAUGGCCUACUCGUCCCAGUCAGGAUCUGAAGCACCGGCGGAUGAUCUGUCUCUCCUCAGAGAAGCCCUUACUCCCCUCUCCGAUCUCGGUGAGGCCCAGUUCCCGCUGUCCAGACGUGGUGACCAUCCGUCUAGGCUCUGGCCCAAACCGCUCCGGGACGACUGGCGCUGCAUGAAGGCGGCCGGCGUGAAAUACCCCGAUGUGCACGGAGACUGGUCACGCAAGUCAGAGGGAAUUCACACCUCGUGGGGCUUCCCCACAUCGUGUUGCCGACCGUUUGCCAAAGCAUGGAAGGAGCGUGAAGCGGCGGGCAAGACGAGGGGGAUCCACGCUGAGUUCUCAAACACCAAGAAAACCGGGGACGCAGACGACUGCGACCGUGUGGUCAUGAGCAAGAUCAAGAGGCAUCACUGGCCGUAUCUAAACCGGUUCUGGAAGGAUUUUGGUGUUUUUGAGGGACAGGAAUAG